AUGAAGGCACGGCUUCCGAAGCGUUUGGGUCAUUGUUCCUAUGAUGCAGCGAGCCGCGAUUGGGUGCCACGUGGGCAAGCCAACCAAGUGCCGAAAGCCAGGCGGCAUCUUCUACUGACAGGUUACACACAUCAAGUGGAGAAGUCGAAGACGGGUGCUGCUGCUUGCAAACGGUGUGGGGAGAAGAUUGCCAAGACAUGCCUGCGUGUUGGUUACCCAGUGAAAGAUCAUCGAGGUGAGUAUGGGGCCAUAGUCAAUUGGUUCCACUCAGAGUGCGCACGGCUGGAUGAGAUGAUGGUAGCAUAUGCAAAAAUGGGAGAUGCGAAGCUCAAGAAAAUGGUCCUAGGCUACGAUGCCAUGACCAAAGAAGAGCGGCCCAGCUGA